UGAGUGUGGGCUGGACUUAGUGACUCACUUCCAAAACUAGUGUAUAUAAAGGGAAAAAGAGUAACUUUAGUGGAGAAAUGGCAGAAACUACCUUAACCAAGUGAUGUCAUGUGAAUAUCACUGUAAACUUGAUAUGACGUGAUGAGGAGGAUAUGUCACUUUUGUGUUAUUCUUUCCAGAAACCCAGUAAAAUCAUGACAAAACCUUCAGAUAAACUCAAAUUUAGGGACAUUCUAUCAAAUACCUGACCAGUACUUCUCAAAACUAUCAAGGUCAGGGACUUCAUUGGCGGUCCAGUGGUUAAGACUCGGUGCUUCCACUGCAGGGGGCACGGAUUGAAUCCCUGGUUGGGGAACUAAGAUACCGCAUGCCGCGCAGUGCAGCCCCCCCCCCAAAAUUUUUUUUUUUUUAAAUUGGAAUUCUGGGUUGAAUUCUAGGAUAGAAAAGACGCAUUAAUGGAAAAACUGAUGAAAUCACAAUAAAGUUUGGAGUUUAGUUAAUAAUAAUGUACCAAUGUCAGUUUCUUAGUUUUGACAAAUGCACCAUGGUAAUGUAAGAUAUGGGAAACUGAAACUGCGUUGAGGAGUAUCUGGGCACUCUCUCUACUAUCUUUGCAACUUUUCUGUGAAUCUAAGAAUAUUCCAAAAUGUAUAUUUUUUGAAAAAGAGAAACAGGAAAAAGGAAUUAAGGGAGUAUUAGUAACAAUUUGAUGCCUAUAAUUUUGACAAAUUGGAUGAAAUGAACAAAUGCCUUGAAAUACACAGUUAACAUAAAGUGACUGAAGAAGGAAUAGAAAGUUGAAAAAUAGUACUGUUUCUAUUAAAGAAAUAUGAAUUUGUAAUUAAUUAAAACUUUCCCACAAAGAAAACUCCAGGCCCAGAUAGCUUCACGGAUUAGUUCUAUCAUAUAUUUUAGGAUACAUCUUACACUAACUUUUUCAGAAAAUAGAGAGGAAAGGAACACCUUCCACCUUAUUUUAUGAGGUCAGCAUUACCCUGACAUGAAAAUCAAACAAAGAAUUUACAAGAAAAAAAAUAUUGAUCAAUAUACCUAAUAAAUAUAGAUGUAAAAACCUUUAACAAAAUAUUAGCAAAUUGAAUCCAGCAAUAUAAAAAGGAUAAUACAUCAUGAUCAAAUGCGUACAGAUUGGUUAAAUAUUUGAAAAUAAAUCAGUGUAAUUUACCAUAUCAACAGACUAAAAAAGGAAAACUAUAUCGAAACAUAAGCCAAAAAAGUAUUUUAGGAAAAAUUCAACAUCUGUCCUUGAUAAAAGCUCUUAGCAAACCUAGGUAUCCUCAUAGUGAUAAAGAGCAUCUAGGAAGAACUUAGAGCCAACAUACUUUGUGGUGAAAGACUGAAUGCUUUCCCCAUGAGAACGAGAACAAAAAAAGGAUGUUAGCUCUUCCCAUUUCUAUUCAGCAUUGUACUGGAGGUUCUAACCACUCACUAAGACAAGGAAAAGAAAUAAAAGCCCUAAAGGUUAGAAAGAAGGAAGAAAAAUUGUCUUUAUUCAGACAACAUGAUCAUGUAUAUGGAAAAUCCAAAGGGGGUCUCAUAAACAAAUUUAGCAAAGGUACAGGAUAAGGUUAGCAUAUAAAAACCAAAUGUACUUCUACAUACUAGUAAUGAGCAAUUGAAAAAUGAAAUAUUUUAAAGUACCAUUUUAAAUAGCAUACAAAACACAGAAUACUUAGGAAUACAUUUAACAAAAUAUGUGCAAGAUUUGUAUACUGAAAGCUAUAAAACAUUUCUCAGAAAAUAAUUUAAAAGACCUAAACAAAUGGAGAGAUAUUCCACUUUUUGGACUGGAAGACUCAAUAUUUUUAAGAUGUUAAUUUUUCCUAAAUUGAUCUAUAGAUUCAAUAUAAUCCCAGCCCAAAUUCCAGAUGGCUUAAAAAAAAAAACAACUUGAGCUGAUUCUAACAUGCACAUGAAUAUGCGAAAGAUCUAGAAUAGCCAAAACAAUGUUGAAAAAGAACAAAGUUGUAGGACUUGUAUUACCUACUUUUAAGGCUUCCAGUAAAGUUAUAGUAAAUGUAGAUCAACAUUGUAGGUAAACAUAGAGUUCAAUAGAACAGAAUAAAUAGUUCAGAAUUAGGCCCACACAUAAAUGGUUAAUUGAUCUUCAACAAACAUGCCAAAGUAAUUCAAUUGAGGAAGGAUAGUUUUCUUCAACAAAUGCUACUGGAAGAACUGGAUAUCUAUAUGGAAAAAAAUGAGUGUUGACUUUUACCUCUUUCAAAUAUUAGCCCAAAAUGGAUUAUAGACCUAAACUUAGAGGCAAAAACUAUAAAAUGAAUAGAAGAAAAGAUAGGAGAAAAUCUUCAUGAACUUAAGGUAAGCAUAGUUUUCUUAGUUAAGACAUAAAACACAGGGACUUACCUGGUGGCGCAGUGGUUAAGAAUCUGCCUGUCAAUGCAGGGGGCGUGGGUUCGAGCCCUGGUCCUGGAAGAUCCCACAUGCCACGGAGCAACUAAGCGCAUGCGCCACAACUACUGAGCCUAAGCUCUAGAGCCCUCAAGCCACAACUACUGAGCCCAUGUGCCACAACUACUGAGCCCAUGUGCCACAACUACUGAAGCUCGCGCACCUAGAGCCUGUGCUCCGCCAGAAGAGAAGCCGCUGCAAUGAAGCCCACACACCGCAACAGAGAGUAGCCCCCACUCACCGCAACUAGAGAAAGUCCGCGCACAGCAACGAAUACCCAAUGCAGCCAAAAAAAAAAAGUCACCAUUUUACAAAUGAAGGGGCAAGCCACAGACUGAGAGAAAAUAUUCUUGAUACUUAUAUCUGCAAAAGGACUUUUUCCCCAGAAUAUAUAAAGAACCCUUAAACUGAAUAAUAAGACAGCAGCCCAAUUAAAAAGUAGGCAAAAGACUUGAAGAGUCACUCAACAAUAAAAGAUAUUCAAAUGGCCAAUAAGGCUGUGGCAGGAGGGGCCCUGAGGAAGAUAAGUCUGGUGUUUCUUAAAAUGGCCUGAUAUGAAGGCUUCACGCCUCCUGCCAUUCCAAGCCUCCAGAGCUGCCCUGUGGCUGCCUUGUGCUUCAAGUGCAGGAGCCAGUUGAAAUGUCAGGAAUGGAGGCCAAUGUGACCAUCCCAAUCUGGCAAAACAAGCCGCGUGGGGCUGCUCAAAGUAUAGUGAGAAGAAUCGGGACCGACCUGCCCCUGAAGCCAUGUCCCCGGGCAUCCUUUGAGACCCUGCCCAACAUCUCUGACCUGUGUCUGAGGCAUGUACUGCCAGUCCCUACUCUGGCUGACAUCGUCUGGAUUCCUGCAGAUGUAGAGGAGACUUAUGUCCUGGUCAGGAGCGAUACACGCCCCCUGAGGCACACCUGCAAGCCCAGCCCUCUGAUCGUCAUUCAGCGCAAUGCCUCAGUGCCCAAACUGCGUGGGUCGGAGGAGAGGCUUCUGGCCUUGAAGAAGCCAGCCCUGCCAGCCCUUGGCUGCACCAAAGAGCUGCAGGAUGAGCUGAGCCACCUGAGCAGCCAGAUUGCUAAAAUAGUGUCAGCUGAUGCAGGAUGUUCAAAUGUCUCUUCUCCCUUACCUUGUUUUGGAUCCUCAUUCUACUCUACAACUUCCUUUGUCAUUAGUGACAUCACCAAGGAGACCAAGGUACAGGUCCCUGAGCUUCCAUCAGUCCCCCUGCUUUGUUCUGUCAGCCCUGAAUGUUGCAAACCAGAACACAAAGCUACCUGCAGCCCGUCUGAAGAAGAUGACUGCGUCUCUCUGUCCAAGGCCAGCAGCUUUGCAGAUAUGAUGGAUAUCCUAAAGGACUUCCACCGAGUGAAGCAGAGCCAAGACCUGAACUGGAGUUUAUUGAAGGAGGAAGACCCUGCCAUGCUUACCUCUGAGGUCCUAAGGAGGAAGUUUGCUCUGAAGGAAGAAGAUACCAGUAGAAAAGGAAAUUGAUAGCACUCAGCUCUGCAAACUCAGCCUCAGGCUCCUGGAAUUCCUUCAAUAGCUGCCUUCCUCACCGCAGAUGCUUCUGCCUCUCAAUUAGAAAUCUUCUGCAACAGUCUUGCCGAAAGCUAGAGCUUAGACCAAGAGAAGAGCUGCACUGUAUGUUUUCCAUACUUCAAACCUUAGCAGAAGCUAAGGCCUGUUUUGAGCUGAGACACGUUACAGGUAAUUGUAUAGGUUGGAAUGUCCCAGUUUAAAGGGUGAGAUAGAAGUUUCUGGUUUUUCCUUGCCCCUGUGUGAAAAUAGGUCCUAAAUGAAUGACUGACUUCACUGCACUAGACCCCAUAACUGGUCUUACUGAACACUUUGUGCCCAGCUGUCACUUACUCUGAGUGGCUUCCUUGCAGCAGAGCAGGGCUGAGGGCAGGGGGCUAUGUUUAUGUGCACGUUCACAGAGCAGGGAAGAUCUUAUGCUGCUCCAUCAUGAACUGACACCAGUGCCCAGCAAUCACUCCCUCCCCCUUCCCGGUCCAACACCUACAUGUAGAGGUCGGGCCACUGGACCAGCUGACACUUGGGCUGCUGGGAGGCCUGGGCUGUUUUUUUCUUAAAUAUAUUUUGUAAUACUGUACAACCAAAUCUACCUUCCAAGGCCCUGGGGCCUCAUUGGUUCCACUAAUUGAAAGCUCUUUCUCUUCCACAAACUUGAGUUUAAGCCCAGUAGGAAAGAGAAAUGGAGAGGGGAAAGAGAGUACCAUCCUUCUUCCAGGCCCUUGACUGCUCCUUUGCAUUGGGCCAAGGUUUUUACCUACCACACCGUCCAUGACUCGGAUGCCCUCAGGUCCGUUUUCUCUACGGUAUGUAUCCUGUGUGUGUUUAGGUUGAAGCACUACCUGACAUUAAAGGACGGAUUUGGAGAGAAAAAAGAAAAACAAUAGCCAGUAAGCACAGGGAAAGAUGUUCCAUGAGGGUGUAAAUUGAUACCACAAGGAAGGUACUGCUAUAUACCCACUGGUGUGGCUAAAGUAAAAAGACUGCAUUUCUUAUAAAUGAGUAUCUUAAACAAAUGUUUACUCUGUGACCAAGUAAUUUCAGUCUUAGGUAUACACGCAAGAAGAUGAAAACUUAUGUACACACAGACGCAUGGACGUGAAUGUUUUUAACAGCUUUGUUCAUAAUUGCCAAAAACUGGAAACAUUCCAGAUGUCCUUCAACUGGUGAGGGACAGUGGUGUGCCUGUAAAAUGGAAUACUGCUUGGCAAUCAAAAGAAACUAAGUACUGAUCUAUCCAACAAAAUGGAUGAAUCUCACAUUAUGCUAAGUGAAAUAAUCCAUUUAUUUGACGUUUUGGAAUAGGCAGAACUGUUGAGCGAGAACUCGGAUGAGCGGUUGUCCGGAGCAGGGCUGGGAGGAGCAGCUGACUGUCAAGGGGUGUGAGGGGAUUUGGGGUGACGGAGCUGUUCUGUAUCUUGAUUGUGGGGAUGGUUACAUGGCUAUGUGCAUCUUUCAAAAUUCAUAAAACUAGCCACCAAAAGUGGUAAAUUUUACUAUAUGUAAGUCAUACCUGACUUAAAAAAAUUUUUUUUAAAGACUGACAAUAACAAGUGUUAGGAAGGAUGUGGAACAACUGAUCUGAAACUUUCAUCACUGGUAUUGGGAGCAUAAAACAGAACAACCACUUUGGAAAACAGUUGGGCAGUUUUCUCUGAAGUUAAAUGUACACCAGCAAUAUAACCCAAUAACCCCACUCCUGGGUAUUUAUUCAAGAGAAAUGAAAAUAUAUAUCCAAACAGGUUUGUACACAAGUGUUUAUAGCAGCUUUAUUCACAGUAAACAAUACCUGGUAAUAAUCCUUAUGUCCAUCAGCUGAUAGAUGGAGAAACACUAUAUUUUAUCCCUACUUUUUACUACAUGAGUCAUUAUUCAUUGUAACAUACUUGUGAUACACAAAACAACAUGGAUGAAUCUUGAGUAUAUUACACUGAGCAAAAAAAGCCAGACACAUGAGAAUGUACUAUAUGAUUUCAUGUAUUUAAAAUCUAAAAGAGAGAAAACUACUCUAUAGUGGGUGAAAGCAGGCCAGUGGUUGCCUCGGCCUGGGAUGGAG